CUGACAUCGGCAGCUGGAGUAGUCGGUGGCAGCUUCUUGCCCUGUGUGCUCUUUCUCCUCGGCGCCCCCGCAGUCCCCUUCCGCGUGGUCCUGCCGCCGACGGAUACUAUAACAGCAGCUCAGGUGCCACUGAACCAGAUCGGCGAGAUGUCUUGAUAGGAGAAGGCUUUUGCUGGAACCGCAGCCAUUGCUCCUGUCUUCGAAUUCUUCGUGUCUGGUGACACAUCAGCUUCUCAUUGAGGGAACUGGUUCAUUUAUGCGUCCCUUGGUGGAUAUGGAUUAAAUGAAGGACUAAAGCUCUAUGGAGAGACUUCUAGCUUCCAUAGACAUGCUACGAAGAGACUCGGAUCAUAGAAGAACAGGUCCAUGUUUUGAUUUUCCAGGCUGGACCCACCGGCAGAUCCUUCUCCAAGGCAAACUGGCCUGAAUUGGUGGUCCCCAUACUCUCCAGUUUGGGUGACGAGUCCUUGCAGAGCCCCUACUCAAUGCCCCCCUAAUUGUUGCUGUUUCCAAACUCCCUGUGUAUAGCUUGGCUGAAGGAAGCUGAGAAGAUGCUGGACCUCAGCUUUCUGACCGAAGAUGAGUACGGAAAACUGAUGAAAGUUCUGCAGAGGGAUGCAGAACUCAAGAAGAAAGAUGGUGACCGCAUCAGACGUAUACAAGGCUCACUGAAGGAUGAAAAGAAGAAGAAGUUUGUGACGGGUGAAUGGUUUCAUGAGGUGAAGGCGCAACGCUUCCAGGAGGCCUUGGAAGGGCCGGAUCUACUCCGAGCUUCAAUUAAAAAGAAAAAGAACAACUUUGAUGAGAAGAGUAAUGAGCCAACUCAGGGGAGUCUGGAAGACAGAGAUGUUUCCUUUCCAUUGGAAGCAAGCAAUUUUCCCUCUCCGAAAUCUGAAGAAGAAAGACCAUUUGAACCUCCUUUGGAUUCUCCUGAUGGACACCGAGCCAAACGAAAGCCAAGGCUGACAUUGUCUUCUCCGCCAUCUUCAUCAGAAAAGAGAUCCAGUCUGGAGGAUAUAUCCCCAGCAGACAGCGGGGUUGGGAUAAGUCCGUUCUUGGGUUCGAGAGGAGAUUUGCAAGGAGAUGAGAAAGGUCAUGAAAUAUCCAGUGUGAUGUCUGCAAGGCUUUCCGAAAAGGAUGUGACUGACUUCUCUCACUUUAGUAGAGGAGAUGUUCCUGACUCUGUAGGAGUGAUCUCAACUACUGCUGUGGAAGAUAGAGCAAAUCGGCAGACUCUACACGAAGAUGUCAACACUUCUAGCAAGAUCCCAAUCAAGAGGAAGUCUAGCAACGAGCCGUUUGGUCCCAUCACGGAUCUGAUUAACGGAGUUGGCAAUGCUGAACUUGGUCUAACUAAGAGAGGAUCACUGAAGAGCUCGAAAGGAGGGGAGAAUGACCGGCUUGUGAAACAAGGACCCAACUAUACGAUCUCCUCUAUGAGCAGCAAAGAGGAAGAAAUGGCCCUCGAUCGGGAACAUUUCAAGAAUUUGAAGAACUUUUGGGAGAAGGGCGGCGAAUCCCUCUUGGCGAAUGAUGUGUCCGAACUACUGACGGAAAAAGCUGAGGUUAACGGAAGGCCAUCAAGAUUGAACCGAUCUCUUUCAGCCCAGUCCAAUCAAAGCCAAAAUAGUGAUGACAAGCUCAAUUCUCAUGUACACGGCAGAGCCAGAGUCCCCUACAGAAAGGCGGCCGUCUUGUCUUCCAGUGAGGACGAACCCAGUUACAUAGCGCACCCGAGAAAAGGAUCGGGAUCAGGAAUUCCUAGGUCCACCUAUGGGAGGAACAAAGGGCCGAUGGCUCGCAACAGCCUAAGCGAUGGCAAUGGGAAGCAGUCUUCAACAGAAGAAGAAAAGAAAGCCCAACGUUUCACAAGGAAAUCAAAAUUGCCGGUUCGAGUCCCGUCGGUCAAAAUAGAGAUGCCUUCUGUCGAGCAGAUUGGGAUCAGUUUUGAGCCAGAGACGCCCGCCGAUGAGUUUGUCAUGGCAGAAGAAAGCAGACGUAAGAGGGAUUCCUUGGCCGGAAGGGUUCAGAUACUGAUUGAGUCCGUUCCUUCUUUAGAGUAUAUGGACAAAGAUGGCAGUGUGGAAAAUGAAAGUUUGGACUUGGGCUCUCAAAACAACCCAGAAGCGGACGAGACAAUAUCUAGCCAAGAACUUCCUCAUUCUGCUGAAGGUGUGUCCCAAAAUGGAACUUGUAGUGAAACAGGAAAUACCAAUGAAACUCAGGAAAUGGAUCCUUCUACCCCUUCAGAGGGAAAGGAGCACCCAUCUCCCAUUGCCAGGAAAUCACCGCGUGCCAACGGGUACAGCCUGGCAAAGAGCAUGGUGAAUCUUUACACGACCACGGAGACCUAUUCUAAGCCGCAAAUGCCCACCCAUCAAUACCUUGAGCCUGAGAGAGCCAAAGACCUGAGCAAAUCCAGUCCUCUCCUGCUCUCAGAGACGGAAUCGGACACCGCUUCCGAGAUCAGCUUCCAAUUCUACCGACACAAGAAGUCUCCAAGUGUGGGGAGCCACUCCUCAGAUAUGGCCUCCGUCUCCUCGGUGAGUGGAAGCGUUCUGAGCGUCUACAGUGGUGAUUUUGGCAGUGUUGAUGCCCAGGGGGUGGUUCAGUUCGCCUUGGAUUACGAUGAGAAAAACCGAGAAUUCCAGAUUUUCGUCUCCCAGUGCAAGGACCUGGCCAUUGUGGAUGAGAAGAAAGUUAGGACGGACCCGUACGUCAAGACCUACCUCCUUCCAGACAAAGCGCGAAUGGGGAAAAGGAAGACCUCUGUGAAAAAGAGGACCGUCUCCCCCAUUUACAAUGAAGUGUUGCGGUAUAAAAUAGAGAAAAUGGUUUUGCUGAUUCAGAAACUGAACCUUUCUGUCUGGCACAACGACCCUCUUGGGCGGAACAGUUUUCUGGGUGAGAUUGAGGUGGACUUGGCUGGCUGGGAUUGGCAGAACAACAGACUGAACUGGUACAUGCUCAAACCCCGGAGUUUGUCGGCCUUCAACUGCGUGGAUCACCGGGGAGUGAUGAACCUGUCAAUUAAAUACAUCCCACCAGGAAGCCUAGGUCGCAAAACCCCUCCGUCUGGGGAGGUCCACAUCUGGGUGAAAGACACCAAAGACCUUCCGCAGCUGCGUCCUUCGGGAGUGGACUCCUUUGUGAAAUGCUAUGUUCUUCCAGAUACGAGUAAGAAGAGUUACCAGAAGACCCGAAUUGUCAAGAGAGACUCCAAUCCGGUCUUCAACCAUACCAUUGUGUACGACGGGUUCCAUACGGAGGACCUGAAAGACGCCUGCGUGGAACUGACUGUCUGGGAUCACGAAAAGCUCACCAACCACUUCCUUGGAGGGAUCCGCCUGGGACUUGGGACAGGCUCCAGUUACGGAAUUGCAGUCGACUGGAUGGACUCCACGCAGGAAGAAGUGGCCUUCUGGCAGGAAAUGAUGUCGACGGCCAACGAAUGGAUUGAGGGGUCACUGCCUCUGCGCUCCUUGGCAGGAAGGAAGAAGCUGAAAUGAAAUGAACGAGUGUCGCCCGACUAGGAAAAGGAACAUAGAUAGAAGACAUUGGGAAAUGCUGGUAGACAUCCAACUCUUUGGGUGGUGUUUGUGACAUACUUUGGAGAAACGCAAAAAGGACAGUCGUCUCUCAAUACUCAUGGAUUCAACCAUCCAUGCCUUAAAAACAUUUUUGAAGAAUUCCAAAAAGCAAAUGUCAAAUUUGCCAUAUUAUAUAUAUUUUGCAAAGACGUGAGCAUCCAGGGAUUUUGGCACCACGGUACGCAUUCUGGAGAUAUCUUGCCCUGAUGCCAUCUUAGCUCAAAGGUUGAAAGAACUGUUGUUUAUUGUUGUACCAUUAAUGUGCCUUUAGUAGUUGAUUUUUCCAAAAAUGGACCCAGAAGGCAGAGAGGAAAAAAUGUAAAUAUUUUAAAGAUAUGAAGUUUUGGUCUCUGCUUGUAGGGAUGACAGUAUCAUAAAACUGAACUCUAAAACAAGAAGAGGAUACUGGAGAUUGGGAGCAAAUGAUGGAAAUGAAAAACUAACUGGGUUAUAUAAGAAGUUGUAUUAUGGUGAACCAAAGAAGCAAUCCAUCUCCCCGGGAUGUUGCUCUUCCAAGAAAUAGCCAAAAGCCGAUUGCAGCCUUACCAUUAUAUCACCAAUGGAAGUUACUGCUGGUUGCUGAGAUGCUUGCAAAAAAAUGUUGAAUUAAAUCCACUCUAGCAAAAGCCAGUCCUGCCAUUGGGAAUAUGGGGCAGUUGCCUCAAAUGGAAAGGAUGCACAGCUCAUCUUUCCUCUUGAAGACAAACUGUAUUUAUCCCAAGCUGUCCUCGAAUGUGAAGAAGGAUUUCUUUCGUUCAUCCUAACUGAAUAAGUUCUUAAUCAGGGGAAUCAUACUCAGGAUGAUGUCACUUAUAUUAUAUACACAAUUCUGUAGCUGUCGAUGUAGCAAAAGUGGGAAGCACAGUAAUACAUAGGUUCUGGACUGUUUAUUUUAGAGGUGAAAUAAUGGCAUCAGGGUUAAAGAAGAGAUUCUCCCUAUUUACUCUGGGUAAUGAAUGAGGCAACAACGGAGCUUUCAAAUUUCCCUCUGUUUCUGACUAAUGUACAAGGGGUGCUCAUUAAAGACUUCCCCUGACCCACUUCCUGUGGUCUGAGAACAAUGAAACUUGGCGCAGUUAUUAGUCCUUCUCUCCAUAGGUGCCACCUAGGGACACACACUUCUCCCAUCUUCUUAAGCAACUGUAAAUACCUCACUUGUAGAAGUCGAUAGGUUGCUCCAAGGGCCAUGUUGUGACUUCAGAAAGUAGAGUCUCAUCACCAGAAAAAUGCUUGCCUUUCAAAAAUAACUUCAUUAUUGGAAAGAGGUGGAAGUCUGAUGGUGUGAGGUCAGAUGAAUAAGUGGGAUGUGGUGGAAUUUCAAAGCCACAGGAGCAUGCUUCCUCCAUUUGGGCAACAUGUGAGUUGUGAACUAGUGUAUUGUCUUGCAGAAGGUGGACACCUUUGGUGAGCAUGCCACAUUGUCUCUUGGUUUUGAUGGCCUCCCGCAAUUUCCACAGCAGUGAAGCAUAGUAUGCCCCAGUGAUCAUGGUCCCCUUUGCUAGGAAAUCCAUCACUACUACUCUGUGCUGGUCCCAAAAUACUGUGAGCAUGGCCUUGCCUUCCAAGAGUUGGCACGUGCCUUCUUUGGAGGGGGCGAGUCAUGAUGCUUCCAUUGCAUCGACUGGACUUUAGUCUCAGAAUCAUCGCGAUGGAUCCUGCUUUCAUACUGUGUGAUCAGUCUGUUGGAAAAGUCCUCCUGUUUUCCAUGGCACAUCAAUAGCGCUUGAGAGCAUCCAACUCGUUCCUGCUUCUGGAAAAAUGUGAGCAGUCAGGGGGAUCCAGCGAGUUGAUUCCUUAUGCAUGUGAAGAUGGUCUUGGAUGAUUUUUUCCAUGGAUCCCACACUAAGAUGGGAGAAGUCUGUGUAGGUCACAUUUAUGUAGAGAAGGACUAAUAACUGUGCCAAGUUUCAUUGCAUUUUGGGCUAGGUGGUGAAUGUUUAGACAGCAAUUUUCCAAAAUGGCAACCUCCACUUGCUGGAUGGUGUGUUCAUCAGAGUGGGGUCGUCUAGGAAUUGAAGCUGUUCCCACCAAAGUCUGACCACAUUUGAAUUGACAAUGCGAGUUCUCGACUCCAUCAUAUGAUGGGGAAUCCUCACCAUAAGCCUCUUUCAUCUCAUCGAAGGUCUCCUUUGGUGUGCGGCCCUUCAAGUAUAGGAAUUUGAGGGCUGUUCUGUAUUCCACUGGGCCCAUUAUCAAACCUCACACCACUUCAACACCUGUAAAAUCAAGACCGUUAUCAGUUCUGAAUGGUAAAUUGGCAUGUAACAUCUAGAAACUUAUAUCAUUAAACAUGUGCAGUUUCAGCAUUCUGCAAUAAAUAAAAGUGGGUCAGGGGAAAUCUUUAAUGAACACCCCCUCAUAGGUUGAGGAAGCCAACAAAUAAGAAAACGGAUGAAGCAGGUAACAAUUACUUGACACAGUUGUUGGCACUUUUAAUUAAAAGUGAAAGGUAGAAUUUCAGCAGGCUGAAGGUCUUUUGUUUGAACCCACGAUGUUGUUUAAAUUGGACUCGUAUAGUCAGUCUCAAGUGACUAUCCAUAAGGUUGCCAUCAUUGCUCCUCCAAUAUGGGAGCCACUGGUGAUCAUUACGUAAAGGUCGAAUACAGAUUCUAUAUAUUAUAGCUAUUAUGUCUUAAGGUCCAUGUGUGAAAGUCAUCUGUACAUGACAAGAAGACAUGAAAAGAAACGUCAUUUGUGAGUCCAUGUGUAAACUGCCUUACGAAGAUUUGUAUCUGUAAAGGCGGAAUAGAAAUGCACACUUCAAUUGCCCUUCAAUGCCUCCCUUUCUGCUGCCUCGCUCUUUCAGCAGAUCUAAAUUACAGCCAUGUGCUGUACUUUCAAUCCUCGAUCCGCUUUUUUGGCCACUUACAGCUUUCUCAUUCUUGAUUCAGGGCCUUGCCGUUGUAAUCUUGCCAUUGUAAUCUUAGAAAAUACUGGAUUUUCCAACCAUUUUCAGUUUUUGAAAAUGCCCUGGCUCCUAACCUGUCAAAUUGGAGAGGCCUGUAAUUAUAACAAUAAUUAUUAAUUGUGCCGUAAUAUCAGUGCCUGGAUUAUUUUGUGCCAUUAAAGCAUCGAUGAUUCCA